UCUUCAGUGACAGACGAGAUCUCAUUCACUUCCUGCUUUUUCACGACGAGGAAAAGACUUCAUUGUUUCAGUUAUCUAAUCGGAGACCGGUCGUCGUGAAGUUAUUGUGAAUACCAUGUCUGGAAAAGUCACCCUGUACAUCAGCAGUGUUGUCUCUAACAUGGAGGUUCGUAAACAACAGCAGAGAAUAAAGGAUGUGCUGUCAGGAAAGAAAAUUGAGUUUGAUGAGGUGGAUGUCUCGGCAGACAGAGAAAAUCUCACCAGAAUGCGGGAAGUUGUUGGGGAUGACAAAGCGCUAGCUCCUCAGAUUGCCAACGGA